UCGCCAUCAGUUGGCGAGUCAAGCAGUCGAGUCUCGACAGCCGGGAGCGACAGUCGAGAAGAUGGUGAAUAGUAUAUCCAUAGACAGAUGCAAGUUGAUAGGGCAGGGCUGUUACGGGUUCGUUUUCGAAGGAACAUGGAAGGGCAAAAAAGUGGCCGUCAAGCGAAUUCAAAUCGAAAACGUUGAAAACAACCAAGGAGAAGAGGCUCUGCAAAAUCUUUGUCAUCCAAAUGUCGUCAAGCUUUAUCACGUUGAAAGCGACAGUGAUUUCAGAAUUUAUGCGCUGGAACUGUGCCAGGCAUCGUUGGAUCAAAAAUUCUUGGAUGAGACGAACCCGAAAAAAUACUGCGGACUAAUGCCCCCAGAAAAAGAAGUUUGCCUCCAGUUGGCCAAGGGAUUGGCACACAUUCACGAAAAGGGAUUCAUCUACUGGGAUUUCAAACCCCAAAAUGUCUUAAUUCAUCCGACUGGAGGAAAAGUCUUGAUGAAAUGGGCCGAUUUCGGACUCAGUAAACCAGGCAACGAGAGAGGAAGUUACUCGACGACAGAGCACAACAAACGGCCAGAUGAUUGGUUUGCCCCUGAAAUAUUGAUAAUAAAAGAAAAUUUGGAUCGGACGACUCCCCUACGUCAAGAAGGAACCGUUAAAAGUGACAUCUUCUCCGCAGGUCUCAUUUUCGGCUAUUAUCUUUUGAAAGGGCGUCACCCCUACGGCUCACAAUUCUAUAUCCCAACCAACAUUGUCAAUAAUAAGCCAGUCAAUCUGAAAGCCAUAGAAGAGCAGCAACAACCCAUGUGGGCCAUCAUCAUGGAAAUGUUGAAGAACAAUCCCAACGAGAGGAUUUCAUCGGCCGACGUCGUAAAAAGAAUCACCAACAUUUAAAAGCAAAAACAAUCGACACACUAAAAGUGAUUUUUUACCAGCAUAUUUCCUUUCUUUCCCUUCCUACGGAUUGUGCAUGCUGACGAAAGAGGUGUCACUUGUAUUUUAGUUCUUUUUUAUUUGGGUCGGUUGAGAUUACAUUUGUGGAUUUUCUCAUUCCACUUUUUGGGGA